UCAAAAAAUUAAUAAAAUGACACCAAAAAAAAAAGUUAGAAGUAUUAGAUUGGAUAAAAUAUUUUUAGUUAAAAAGUUAAUCGAAAAACUUCCAGCUAAAAAAUUUGCAACUGCUAAAGAGAUAGUUCAAUAUUAUCUCUUUCUACGAAAGUCAAAGAGUGAAGCAAAACUAAGGUUCCUCGUAGGUUGUCCGAAUAAAAGUUCUUCUUUUAUACCUAAUUGUCCAGUUGAUCAGUCUGACUGCUGCAUACUGUCCAAACUAAUGGUUCCUUGGAUACUUGGUGGAUUUAGAGUGCUUACAAUACAAAAGUUAAGGAUUAAAAUUGAGAAAUUGUUGAAGGAAUGGAUGAAAUUAAAAGAUCAAAGAUACAGAACAAAUCCUGCUGAAAUAAAAAAAAGACAUUUAUUUGAAGAGCAAAUGAGUAAAGUAUUUUGGAUUGGAAAACAUCCUAAUGUUAUGUUUGAGGAAAUAUUAAAAGAUAAAAUGAGAAAAUUGAAAGACAAGGAAGAAGAUAUUGCUUUCUUAAAAGACCAACUGGAUGAAAGAAAAGGAAGUCUUGGAGGUAGAGAUAAAAGAUAUGAAUAUUCUGUAAUCAGAAGUAAAAGAAGCGCAGCAAAGUUCAGUAAAAAUCCGUCAGUAGAAUUAAAUAAGAAUGAUUCAGAUUAUCUAAGUUCUGCUAGUUAUACUAGCGAUGAAUUAGGUGAAGAAACAGAUAUUGACUUUGAUUUUAAUGAGCAUCCUAAUGAUCAAAAUUCUGUUCUGCUUCCUAAAAAUAUCCUUCAGUCAACCGCUCAUACAGCAGUGGGAGAAGGUAUAACACCCCAUCAACAUACAGCAUUGAUUAGUAGUGUUAUUGUUAUGUCUGGUGGUUCUGUAGCAAACUUUAAUUGUUCUAAAUCCACAUCUUAUAGAGCUGCGGAGAACAUAAUAUCUGCCAGGGCAAAAGAAAUAAGAGAAUACAUAAAAAACAUUGUAAUAUUAUCAGAUUCACUAAUGACUAUACACUUUGACGGAAAAAUAGUUAAUGAACUAACAGAGAGAAAGCAAUUUAAAAAAGAUAGAAUUGCAGUUUUGCAAAGAAUUGAUAAAAAAACAGAACUACUUGGCAUUCCUCCAAUAGAUUCUAGUUCAGGGGUUAAUCAAAAGCAAGCUAUAGUGGAAUUGAUGGAGUAUUUUGGAUUAAAAGAUAAGGUCAAAUGUCUCUGUUUCGACACAACUUCAGCAAAUACAGGAAGAUGGCAAGGUACUUGCAUGAAAUUAAUUCAACAAGUUCAACGUCCAUUGUUGUUGAUUGCAUGUCGACAUCAUGUAAUUGAACGACACAAAGCCCAUUUCUGGAAGAUUUACCCAAGCAGCGAAACUUCUGGUCCAGAAAACAAACUAUUUGAAGUUUUAAAACAAAACUGGAACAGUAUAGAUGCUGAAACUAAGGAACUGAAAAGAAUAAUAAUACCACCUGGAAAAUGGAUAUAUAAUCAAAAAUUAGCUGCUGUUCAGUUUUGUAAUAAUGUGAUCAGUUUGAAGAUCUUCAAAAAGGUGAUAUUCUUAUUUUUAUUAAUUUGAUUCCUAUUCUAACUUUCUAACUUUUAAAA